GCCUUGCUGUUCUUCACUCUCUCGCUUUUUUUUUUCUUCUUCUUCUUCCUGUGGGCGCUCCCCUCCCCCCUGCCUGCGUGGUGCCUGCCUCCCUCGGUCCCUCCACAAAACCUCCCAGGAAGGUCACCUCGCUCACAGCGUCACACAGUCACUUCACAGAAUCACAGUACAGCGGUAGACCCACCUGAGGAGAGUAGCAGGGGGAAGAAAAAUAGGAGCAAGAAGACGGGGUGGAGUCAAGAACUGGUACAAACGAAUCGUGUUGUCUGCAGAAUGGAUUCAGCAUUUGAGGCUGCUGUUGUACUCGCACGUACAUGAUGCCUCUAGACCUGCGCAAUCUGCAGGUUUCAUAUAUCUGCAGAUCUCAUCACCACAGCUACAAAGAUUACUGCCCUACUCUGAAGGAGGAUAUCCAAUACUAGAUGUCAGGACUUCUUGCAGCAGUUCUAGGAGCUGCUGCAGGAGGCUUUGCACUACUAGCUGUUGUCAUAGUCGUAAUAGUGCUUUGCCUAUGGCAUCACAAAAGAACUUCAGACUCUUCAGAAAGUAGUUCAUCAGGUCAAGCUCUACCAGAGUCACAGGGAGCAAGAAGUCUUACUUUGGAGGAACUGAAUUUUGCUACAAGGAAUUUCAGCAAUGCGAAUCUUAUUGGACAAGGAACGUUUGGAGAGGUAUACAAGGGUUUGCUCCAGGAUGGCACAGUAGUAGCUGUUAAAAGACGGCAUUCUCCUCCUAGCCAAGAAUUCAUUCAAGAGGUUAAUUACCUAGCAUCUCUCUGUCAUCGAAACCUUGUGAAACUUUUGGGGUACUGCCAGGAGAAUGGCAUGCAGAUGCUUGUUUAUGAGUAUAUCCCCAAUGGCAGCGUCUCUACACAUUUACAUGGUAACAGCCAUGCUACAGGUUUAAGGUUAGAAUUCAAGCAGAGACUUUCUAUUGCUCAUGGCACAGCUAAAGGCCUGAGUCACCUGCAUUCGCUGACACCCCCUGCAAUCCAUAUGAACUUCAAAACUUCUAAUGUACUUGUGGAUGAGGAUUUCGUACCAAAAGUUGCAGAUACUGGAAUUCCAGGCAUGCUUGAUCGACUUGGUGUUACAGGACUGUCUUCCAGAACAUCUACCGAUCCUUUCGUUGAUCCUCGAAUGAAGGAAGCCAUGAACUUGAACUUUUCCAUACAAAGCGAUGUAUACAGUUUUGGUGUGUUCCUUCUGGAGUUGGUUAGCGGACGGAAAGUUGUGUCUGAUCAAAGCAUCAUUCAAUGGGUACAGAACUUCCAGGAAUCAAGUGAUAUCUCCGCGAUUGCAGAUAACAGAAUGGCCAGUGGCUUUACCUCAGAAAGCAUGAAGGAAUUGCUGCGCUUGACAUCAUGGUGUGUUAAUCCAAUGAACGACCAGCGUCCGUCGAUGAGCUUGGUGGAGGCUGAAAUACACCGGAUUCGCGAGCAGGAGAUCAGCCUCACAACAGUCAUGACAGAAGGCACCCCAACUGUGACUCUAGGCAGUCAGCUCUUCACAACAUCAAGGUGAAACAUCAGUGGGAUAUGCGUAGUCUAGGAGAGAAGCUAGUUCUCUCAUCAGGGCAGUAGAUUAGCCUUGUUCUCUUUCCCAAAAAAAUCGUCUUCAUAGCGAGCCAGCUGCUUCCCAAGUGUACAAAAAAAGGACAGCUGCGAGGCUUAACCUUUUUUUCCCCAGUUUUGUUACCCUGAUGGUUCCUUUCUAAUUCUCCCUUUUCUGCACAUAUUUUUAGGGAAAAUAAUGACAUUUACUUUUUCUGGAUAAUAAUAAUAAUAAGAAUGGGUGGGUGGUGGCAGACCAACGGAUCUUAAUGUUCAGUGCAUCAGUCUUGCUUGUGUUUUCUCAAUGUAUUGGAGAAACAUGAAAAAAAAAA